CUUCCCUUACACCCACCCCACUUUUCUUCUCUCCUCCUACCCUCUCUCCUUCUUUUCACGCACCCCCCACACCCCCUCCCCUUCCUUUCUCUUUUCUCCAAAUCUUGUUUUCUUCCCCAUUUCAAGAUCUCCCACCUUCAUUAAUACUUCUCAUUUUUUUCCAUCUUUCCCCCCUCCAAGCUUCUUCUAAUGCUUCUCUCCUCUUCUGUCUUUUUUUAUUCAUUUCAAAUGCACAAGCUACAGUAAUCGGACGAACGGGGAGAGCUCCGGUGAUGUUGGAUACAUGGGGAGACAACAAUGAAGGUGUAGACCAAGAAGCUUUGAAUGACUUGAGUGGAUCUUCCUUUCUUGAUUUUUUGGUGUUUUUUGAAAUUAAAAGGGUUGUAUGUCUGACAGACAACUUGUAAGCGCAGUAUUUGUUUGUCUGUAAUUGAUGGUUAAUUGUUUUUCAUUUAAUUUGAGUUGUCUGUAUUUGUUUUGAGUUGUCUGUAUUUGUUUUGAGUUGUCUAUACGGACAUUAGUUUAUUGUGAAUUACCAUUUUGACAUAUGUUUCAUAAAAAAGACAAACAAUACAUAUAACUAGACAGAAAAUAAAGAUAACAAGACAAACAUUAUUUUUCACCACAAAUUACUUACAACUCACAAUGAAAUGACAAACAACUAAAUAUGAGUUACAGACAAUUUCACGACUUUUACAGACACCUCACAACAACAUGGCAGACAAGUCAUUACAGACAACUCAAAACAAAUACAGACAACUAAUAAACAAAUGACAAACAAUUAAAUAUCAAUUACAGACAUUUAUUUUUCAAAGGACAGACAACUUCACGACUCUUACAGACACUGCACUUUCAAGUUGUCUGGCAGACAGACAACCCCUUUUAUUUCCAAAAUACAUAAAAAAUCAAGAAACAAAAUCAAGAAAAGAAGAUAUGUUGCUCAAGUUAUUUAAAGCUUCUUGGUAUGUCUUCAUUGUUGUCUUCCCUUGAGGUUGCAUCCGAAAUGGCAACCGACAUAGGUCCGCCGUCGGCAACUGGCGUAGGACCGCCGUCGGCAAGGUCACCGGUGGAAGAGGGGAUAAGCAGGAGAAGAUCGAGGUUGGAGGGGAGGUGAUGAUAAAAAUGGGAAGUUUUAAAGAAGGAGAAAGAUAUUGAAAUGGAGAAGAAAGGGGAAGGGAGAGGGGGUGCGUGAAAAAGAGGAGAGGGAGGGAGGGAGGAAGAGAGGUGGGGGUGCAUGAGAGAGGGAAGAGGGAAGAAAAAAAGUGGGGGUGUGUUUUUAUAUGGGGUACAAAUGGGGUAGGGUUUGGGGUACCUAUAGCAAAAUUCUUCUAAAGAUGAUGACAAUAAUAUGCAAUUAAUAAGCAACAAAUCAAAAAAAUUAUAAAAUUUAAAAGCAAGUAACAGUAAUAAAUAAAAAUAACCUGUAAUCCAAGCUUUAUUACAUUUUAGGUUUAAAUAUGAUUUUAGUCCCUGCAAAUAUAACACACUUUGUUUUAGGUCCCUACAAAAUAUUUUCUUUGAUUUUCAUCCCUAUAAUAUGCGCUAUUUUGGUUUUAGUCCAUCUCUAACUCCAAAACAACUCUACUUGGAUUUUUUAAUUGUCGGUUGCAUAAAUCUACUAGAUAUGUUUAAAUUUAUCAUUUUAUAAUUUUUGAGGCUAAUAUGAGCGUUAAAACAAUAUUAAAACUAAUUGUUCGCAUUUUUAAAAUAUGUAUUAAAAACCUUUUAGAAAAUGAAAUUAAAUACAUUUUAAAUGACAUGACAAAGAAUUAAAGGAUACAUAUUAGUCGGGAUUGUUUCAUUGUCAAACGGAGGUUGUUAUCAUUGGUCAUGGACUAAAAAGAAAAUCAACAUAAAUUUCAGGGAUGAAAAACAAAGAAAAUAUUUUGUAGGGACCUAAAACAAAGUGAGCUAUAUUUGCAGGGACUAAAAACAUAUUUAAACCUACAUUUUAUUAUAAUGAUUUAUUAAUAACAACUUCACAUGUUAACUAAUAUACGUAGUAUUAAUUUUUCUUU